AUGGUAUCCAAAGCCACACUUGAAAGCCCCGACUCCUAUGGAGUCGCUUGGAUUGCUGCUCUUCCUAUCGAGAGGAGCGCCGCAGAAGCGAUGCUCGACGAGGAACAUGAAGCCCCUACCGGCUUCACUAGACAUAAGACCGACGCAAACGUUUACUCGUGGGGUCGCGUGGGAAAACACAACAUCGUCAUUGCCGGGCUUUCUCCCGGAUCCUAUGGACCCACCGCAGCUGCGACCACAGCUUCUAGCGUGCUUGCAUCUUUACCAUCCAUUCGCGUUGGCCUUUUGGUGGGCAUAGGCGCCGGCAUUCCUCGCCCAGACGAUGGAUACGAUAUCCGGCUAGGUGAUGUCGUCGUCAGCCAGCCCCAUGGCUCCACGGGCGGUGUCUGUCAGUAUGACUUCGUCAAGGUGAAGCCUGGUCAUGAGAAUGAACUCAAUGGCUUCCUUGGAAGACCGCCACUUGUUCUGCUCAAUGCGCUUGGUAAAAUUCAGGCUGAACACUAUCGGAAAGACUCUGAGAUCCCCCGUCACCUCCGAGAGAUGCUAGAGAAAUACCCUAAAAUGAAGAAAAGUACUAAGCAAAAUCCUGGCUUUACUCAUCAGGGUGUGGAAAACGACCGCCUGUUCAAAACUCUAUACGACCACGUCCGCGGUCCGGACUGUCGGGGCUGCGAUACGGCUAACGAGGUCGAACGCGACAUUCGAGACAUCGCCGAUCCCGAAAUUCACUAUGGAACUAUCGCUUCUGGCAGCAGACUGAUCAAAUUCGCUGCUGCUAGAGAUCAAAUCAUUGCCAAUGUGGGCACAGAUUGUAUCUGUUUUGAGAUGGAAGCCGCUGGCUUGAUGAACCACUUUCCCUGUCUUGUCAUUCGAGGAAUAUGCGACUACGCCGACUCUCACAAGAAUGAUCGAUGGCAAAGCUACGCCUCUGCGACUGCUGCUGCUUAUACCAAGGAGCUCCUAUCAUUCGUGCCGGUUUCAGAGGUUCAAGAGACCCAAAAAGCCCUAGAGCUUCUUCAGAAAGUCGACCAAAACAUCGAAGCUAUACAGCAGACGACAGUCGCCACAGAAGCUACAACAAAUUUCAUCAGGUCUGAUCUCCAUAUUGACAAGAUCAAGCGCUGGCUUUCUCCUCCGGAUCAAUCUACAAAUUUUAACCACGCUAAGAAGCUUCGUCAUGAGGGAACAGGUGCAUGGCUUCUGAAAGACCCUGUCUUCGAAUCGUGGCACUUGGGAUCGCGUCGACAUCUAUGGCUGAAGGGCCUUGCGGGUUGUGGUAAGACAUUUCUCAGUACAACUGUGCUAGAUCACCUCGCAAAGGUAAACAAUGGCCCGAUCCUCAGCUUCUUCUUUGAUUUUAGCGACACUGCAAAGCAGACAUUUGAUGGUAUGCUGCGGUCUUUUAUAUUCCAGCUUUACCAAGGAGGCUUUGACUCUGCCAGUCAUCUUGAUACUUUGUUUGAAAGUCAUCAACGCGGUAGCAAUCAAGCUGCAACGAAGAACCUAGAGGAUAUGCUUUCCAAGAUGCUCAUGACCCCGAAAUUGGUUUUCAUCGUUCUAGACGCAUUGGAUGAGUCGACAACAAGGGUUGAUCUUCUACUGUGGAUCAAGGACAUGAUCUCUAGUCCAGGUUUAGCCCACGUCAAGCUGCUUUAUACCAGUCGACCCGAAGCAGAGUUUCUUGACCACAUUCCCCCUUCAAUAGGGGAGGAAAGCUGCUUGCUACUCAACGAGGAGGCCGUCAACAUUGAUAUUCAGUCUUGGGUUGCAGCACAACUUACUCAACGAUGUGAGUUUACGAGGAAGUCUUUAUCCCAGGAUUUUCUGACAAAGAUACGGGAGACCAUUGGUAACAAGGCCGCUGGAAUGUUUAGAUGGGCAUUCUGUCAAUUGAACAGCCUGGCUAGAUGCCAUAGCCAGUAUACAAUGGAGAAGGCCCUUGAAACAUUGCCGCGAGAUUUAAACGAGACAUACGAGCGCAUGUUAGCAGGCAUACCCACAGAGCUUGCUAUUGAUGCACUCCGCCUCCUGCAGUUCCUUGUGCACACCGCGCACCCUCUUACGGUUGACCAAGCCAAAGAAGUGAUAGCGACACAGAUCGACAACCAGCCGCGAGGCUUCGACACCAAUAGUCGCCCGUUUUCCGACAUUGAUGUUUUGAAUUACUGUCCUAGCUUAGUAACACUAGUCGACAUCCGUGGACCCAUCAACCAGGAGAAAGAACUACACCUUGCCCACUUUUCUGUCAAAGAAUACCUUCUUGAUCUGCCCCCAUUCGAAGUCACAACUGCCAGCAUUUCUAUGACGGGCAUGUGCUUGACUUACCUUCGGGGAGUCACUUGUUUUUCGAUUAUCUCGGAUACCAGUAUAGCAAUAACGCGACAUUUUCCGAUGGCAAGCCAUGCGGCGCACUAUUGGGCACGUUAUGCCUCGUUCGCUCAGACCUCGAAGGGUUUAAUGCAAAUGAUGGUCAGAUUCCUUGAGGAGGAAUCAACAUUUCAGUUAUGGGGUCGAUUAUAUCAACCUGAUCAGCCCGGGGUCAAUGAGCCUGUUGCCCUGAUGAGUUCCAGGCUCUACAAAAUCGCCUUUGUUGGGCUUGCAUUGCUAGCACACGAGUUCAUUGACAAAGGAGCAGAUGUCAACGCGCAGGUUGGCCUUUAUGGCAACGCUCUCCAGGCCGCCUGUAUAGACGGGUAUCGAAACAUUGAAGUUGUUGAACUUCUUAUAACCAAAGGAGCGGAUAUCAAUGCGCAGGGUGGUUACUACGGUACCGCUCUCCAGGCUGCUUGCAUAAGCAGCCAUCAAGAAAUCGUUCAGCUUCUUCUCAAUAAAGGAGCGGAUAUCAAUGCGCAGGGUGGUGCUUUCGGCACCGCUCUCCAAGCUGCUUGCAAGUAUAACAAUCAAGAAAUCGUUCAACUUCUUCUCAAUAGAGGAGCGGAUAUCAAUGCGCAGGGUGGUUACUAUGAUACCGCUCUCCAGGCUGCUUGCGUAAACAGCUGUCAAGAAAUUGUUAAGCUUCUUCUCAAUGAAGGAGCGGAUAUCAAUGCGCAGGGUGGUUACUAUGGCACCGCUCUCCAGGCUGCUUGCAUAAGCAGCCAUCGAGAAAUCGUUCAGCUUCUUCUCAAUAAAGGAGCGGAUAUCAAUGCGUAUAGUGGUUACUACAGUACCGCUCUUCAGGCUGCUUGCGUAAACGGCGAUCAAGAAAUCGUUAAGCUUCUUCUCAACAAAGGAGCGGAUAUCAAUGCGUAUAGUGGUUACUAUAGUACCGCUCUUCAGGCUACUUGCGCGUAUAACCAUCGAGAAAUUGCUGAGCUUCUUCUCAAUGAAGGAGCGGAUAUCAAUACGCAGGGUGGUCACUACGGUACCGCUCUCCAUGCUGCUUGCGCGUUUAACCAUCGAGAAAUUGCUGAGCUUCUUCUCAAUAAAGGAGCGGAUGUUGACGUACAGGGUGGCUUUUUCGGUGAUGCUCUCCAGGUCGCCUACACCAGAGGCCAUCAUGAAAGUGUCGAAAUGCCCCGAAGCAAGGGCGUUAUCAAAAUGCCUUCAAAACGCCCCAGCUCUCUAACUCCGACCAGCCCAACGAAGAAACUUUGUCCAGGGGACGAAUCUUCUGAUGACUUCCAGCAAGCCAUAAAUUGA